AUGGCAGAGGAACAACAACAGCCGCCGCCACCGCUGCCCGAUGCCCAGCAGCAGCAGCAGCAGCAGCAGCAGCAGCAGCAGCUCCCCCCCGGCACCCCCGGCCCCGGGGUGGCCCUGCCAGCCCUUGUGCCCGGGCUGCCAGGGACAGAGGCCAGCGCGCUGCAACACGAGAUCAAGAACUCCAUCUGGUAA